CAAGCCGCGAUACCGCGUGCAGCACGUGGUGUCUGAACAGUCAGAGACCGGCUGAGGAGAUCCGUGGAGUCGCAGGGUCUCUCAGUCUGAACUCGGUCGCCCUCCGGCUCUGGCUCGUCUCUCGUCCUAUCGCCGGUUCAUCCUAGUCUUCUUCGUCGCGUCGUCGCGACGGUCUCCUGAUCGGCGGGUGCACCGAGUGAAAUAAAAGAGUUACGUGCCCCAGGAGUUGCGAAUCGCGUGUGGAUCCACUUCGCGGCAAGGUUAUACCGUCCGAGUCUUCGGUUUUCACACACGCCAGGAGAAACGGGGACUAUCAUCGACUUUGAUGACCGAUUCGCUUCCGAAGACGUCCAACUUGGAGCAAGGCGACUCGACGAGGUCGAAAUCCGUCACGACGGCGCGCGUCGCUUGACCUAAGCACCUGCAGAGGUCAGGGACGAGAUCGGGGGUAGAAAAAUGUCGUGUGCAAAUCGUUUCCCCUCGUCCCAGCACACGAGGUACCGGAGCAGCUGGGGUCCGACCUCGACCACCGUCUUCAACCGGGCCGAUGUGCCGAGACCGUCGGCCGAAGAGGAGGAAUUUGCCGACAUUUACCACGAGCGCCUUCACUACGUUCAGGGUCGACAGCUGAUCCCACUGCAGGAGGAUCUCGCCGAUUGGAUAAACAAGACGAUCAGGGCUGCACCGUGGUUGACUCACCGGAAGUGGCGCUCCUCCCCCGGCAGGAGUUCCGAGUCCUGCAGCGACUUACCGCUUGUAUCAAGUUUUGAUGUCGACCACAUAACGGGUGAGAAUUUUUUCGACGCACUUGACAACGGCGUGAUGGUGUGUCGCUUGGCAAGAGUGAUUCAGGAAAAAGCGCGAUCCGCAGUUGAUUCCGGUCGAGUCAAGGGGCCAGUUCCAGUGAUAAGAGGCCGUUGCUGGGAGAACGCGGCCAGGCGGAGUUUCUUUUCGCGAGACAAUAUGGAGAAUUUCAUCCAAUUCUGCCGGCGUCUAGGGGUGCACGAGAACCUCCUCUUCGAGAGCGACGACCUCGUUCUCCACGGACAGCCGCGCAACGUCGUUCUCUGCCUCCUGGAGGUCGCGAGGUUGGCCUCCAGGUACGCCCUGGAACCGCCCGGGAUCGUUCAACUCGAGCGGGAAAUCGCCGCCGAACAAGAAAGGGACCUCCACUGCCUUUCCGACAGCGGAAUAUCCCACAGCAGUCUCGUCUCUUGGCAGUACCAGUCGCCAUCCCCCGCCCCCUCACCCAGACCCCCGGUCGAAACCAUCAAGCACAGCAGCUCGACGUCCGAGGUGACGGCAACUGCUGCGAGAUGGCUCGACCCAAAUCCCGUCCCACCCGCGUCGGACAUGCGGAGGUCCGUCAGCGAUAACGGACCCACCGGAAGUGACGGCGUUCCGAGCGACACCACCGAGGACGACUGGUCUCGGGGAAGCGCCGAAGACCCUGACGAGGUUCCGUCACCUUCGAUUUCACCAUCCCCAACACCCGCCGAACCGCCCGAACAUUCCGGUCCGAUCACGGAGCUGGAUCGCAAGGUGCGGCGGGCAGCCGAAGCCGUCCAAAGACUCUGCCAGUGUCCGUCCAACAAAUGUUCCAAGCUGAAGGUGCGCAAGGUCGGAGAGGGACGUUAUCACAUCGCCGGUCGGAACGUCUUCAUCAGGCUCCUGAAGGGGAGGCACAUGAUGGUGCGCGUCGGGGGCGGCUGGGACACCCUCGAGCAUUUUCUUACGAGGCACGACCCUUGCCAGGUGAGGGUACUUAGCCGCGAAAGCACGCCGCCGCCUCACAGCAACGGUAUCACCUCCGCUCCAUACCUGCACAUAAGGGCAAAGUACCGCAGCCCUCCACCAGAAUCACUAGCCGGUCGUUAGCCUAAGCCCGCAAGCUGCACCAGUGCCUAGAUUUAUAGAUUAACUGUAACUAUAAUACAUACAUAUUAUAGUAUAUUUUAACACCUCACAUCUCUAUUCUCAUACGCAAGUUAACGCAUUUCACUCUAAUCCCCCGAACGUAUAUUUCAUAUAUUUUCCGCUAAGGCGAACCGUCCGAACUGAUCGAUCGAUUUUGAUUUUCCAAAAAUUGGAGCAGAAAAAUUGAUCGUUUCGUUUUCGGCGCCUCGACCGUUUAUCCCAUACGUAUAAUCUACCUGUAAUGUCUACGUAGAAUUAAGCGCAUUCACGUCACACGGCCAUUCUUUGUAUAACACGGAGAAAGAGGGGGGGAUCCUCCUCAUUCGUGCAAGCUUUAGCGUUUAAGGUACGAGUCGCUUAAUCGGUUGGGGAUAAUUGAGAUGCGGUGAAUUUAUCACACAUUUUUGGGCAUGGUGUUUUGUACAGGGGUGGUUGGAAAUUUUGAUGAAAAAAAAAAAAGACGGAAUUAAAGAAACAUGACCAGCGAUCGUUCACGCCUAAGGAGAAUUUGAUACGUUGGAAAAUCCAGAUCCGGAAAAUCGUCUCUCUGUUAACUCGUCUCUCAAAAUCUCGACCCGUUCACAGGAUGUGAAGAGGAAUAAUAAAACAAUUAUUUUUUUUUUGUUUUUUACGGUGUUUAAUUAUCGGAAGUCUCCUGACUCUGUCUCGUUAAGCUCCGUUUAUAAAUGCGAGAACUUCCGCGAGGUGAGAGUCAGGAAAGGUGUAAAUGCUGACGGAUAAAUCACCGUGUCUGUAUAACCGUUUCUCAAUCAACGAGAGAAGAAACGGUGUUUUACAGAAAGAAUACUGUCUCACUUACGCGAUCCUUUGAUUUAUACAAUUUUUCUUUUCGGUUGAUUAUUUUUAAUUCGGCGUGACGAUAACGAAAAUUUGAAGAAUUUAAGAAAGAGAGAGAGAGAGAGAGAGAGAGAAAGAGAUUCUUACGCGAAGUUACAAUACCGUAUAAAACGGAUUUGGUCAUCGUUCUUCAUCUCGCGUUUAUUUUCAUGCUAUAAUAUUAAUGUAACUUAAAUUAAUGCACUUUUAUGUACAUUAUCUGCAGCUCAUGUGUCACUUGCACUGCGCAGCAAUUACCGCAAUGAUAUUGAUAUUCGUUUGAAACUUAUAUAAUAUGUAUCAUAUACAUAUAAUAUUAUAUGCUUAAAUUUACUAACAUUUACCGCAGGGUAAGGGCGAAUUGAUUAUGCCUACAGCACUUAUGCACGAAAUCACACAAAUGUAUAUUUGUCGGAGUCGCUUGGGGGGGUGGAAGAAAGAUUUCCAGUAAAUCGAGUUGGAAUAUAAAAUGCCAGAAGUUGUGACUGGAUUACAAGAAAACUUUAUAAAUUCGGUUUGCAAAGACAGUUGUGAAAGUACAAAAUCAAAUUUUUUUACGGUCACGUAUUGCGAUUCGAUUUAGAAAACUUCGACAUUUAUAUCAUUAUAUAUCUUCCACGCAUAUUAAGAGGUAUUUAUUUAUGUACUCAAAUAUACGUAUAUUUACUUACACAUAUACUUCAUACGCACGAGGCAAUUAGAUUAUCGCGUUUACGUUUCAAAUUGGUACGUAAAAUUUUUUCACUUUAUUCAUGCAAUCUGCAUUUAGGAGGAUUGAAAGAUUUUUCGACAUAGUAUGUAGGACAUUUUCGUCAGAAAAAUUUAAGUGGAAUCUGUUUCACGCAGACUAAUGUUGCACCGAAUCAGAAUCUUACUUAAUCUUUUACUCUUUUUUUCUGUAGAAAGUGAAGAAAUUUUUAAUAUUUUUCACACAAUAUGAAUGAAAAUUGCGUAAUUAGCGAGUUGCAAUAGACUAGAGAAUGCUCAGAAGGAAACCUCGUCUGUAAUACGUUUUGUAUUUUUAUACGAAAGACAAUUAGAAGGAAGAAAAAAAAAAGAAGAAGAAAUUAGUUGAAAUAGAAUGACGAGUUCUUCGCUAAAUGCACGGUAUAAUGAAAUAUAUGCACAGAAACGCUAUUCAAUUUUCGCACGCUGUAACGGAGAGGCGCAGAUAUGGUUACUCUGUUAAAUUUGCAGAAAUACAAGAGCAAUGCACUGUGCAGCAAAGGGAUAUCAAAGCAAAGAAAUCCUGCGAGACAAGUUAUGUCGGCGCGUUGAAGCUCGAGUCGAAGGAUUGCAGUGCGGUAAUGAUCUGUAGUUAAUUAACUGCAUCGCAAAACCUGAUGCGAUAUAGAGAUUAACAGUAAUAACUAUAUAUUUAUUAGCUAGCAGCUGCUCCGGAUCUUCACGUGUAUUAUUAAUUAUUGAUUAUCUCCUAACGAUAAUGAAAAACUACGUUUGCAAUUUACGAAAAAUCAAUAAACUCGUAAGGAACACUGAUUUUCCCCAUUGCAAGCGUACGUGCAAUUUACCUAGAACUAUAAUAGAUCUUAUUGCCAUAAUAUGAAUUCUAAGAUUAUUAUUAUUAUUAUUAUUAUCAUCAUAUAUACGCAUUAAUUUAUGAAGUUGACACAAUUGUACGCAUAACGCUUUGUACAAUGUUCACUCGUUCCUAAGUUCUUCCGCGCGUAGAAAUAUGAAAAAUUAAUAAAAAUUCGUUCGUUUGUAGAUGUUUAUAAUUCACGGUUAUCGAUGGCGUAUUUGGAAUUCUUUUUCUUGCUGUACUGAGAAAUCUGAUUAUAAAUUAUAAUGUUAUACCUAUGCAAGCGUUUAAAUUAGUCACUUAAAUGGAUAAAGAAAACACACGAUUGCCAGUAUUCCGUAGAAUGGAUGAAACCGUUGAUUCCUUUUUUGUUGGUAAAAGUAGAGUUGCGCGCUAAAACACGUUGCGAAUAAUCGAAAUAGAAUGUUAGUUUUUGUUUUUGCAAUUUUUAAAUUGCACCUCAUUAAAUUCGUUAAUCGCCGCAAGAUGCUUAUUUAUACAAUUACAAUUGUGCAUAGCUCGAUAAAAUGUUAUAAUAAGUUAAUUAACUAACCGUUUUACGUUAUACUUAUGUUGUAUAAUACUUGUUUGUAUAUUAUUAAAAAAAAAAAAAAAAUGACGCUACACAAAUGUAUGUUCAUAUAACUGUUAAUUUUUUUCUUCUGUUGAGUAAUAAAAUAUAUUUAAUUAAGUGAUUGAUUUGAUAAUAAUAAAACUGACUAGUUGUGAUGAUUUAAA